CCAGUGUUGCCUAACCUUGGACUGACAAAGUGGUAGUUUUUAUUUUUCUUCGUGUCAAUUUAUGCGAUUAGCAAACGUUUAUUAAUCAGCGUUUAUCAGACAGAGAUUUCAAGUCCAACAACCAGCCAUGUCCCUGUUAAACAACGACGACAGCAUUCCCAACAUGGACGAGGAUCCGCAGGUGAUGAUCCACGAAGAUGAGCCGACGACGGCGCUGCACAUGCCCAACGGCCGGUCUAUGGACUCGUUGCGCUCCUCCUUCACCAACCGGAGCUCCACUCCGGACUCAUCCCACAACUCGCUGGACACCAUGGAAAUAGCCCAGGACGAUCGGGAGGAGAAGGCCCGGCUCAUCACCCAGGUCCUGGAGCUGCAGAACACGCUGGACGACCUGUCGCAGCGCGUAGACUCCGUCAAGGAGGAAAACCUCAAGCUGCGCUCUGAAAACCAGGUGCUUGGCCAGUACAUCGAGAACCUGAUGUCCGCCUCCUCGGUGUUCCAAUCCACCAGCCCCAGUGCAGCCAAGAAGAAGUAGCCAGGGAAUAUCCAAAGAAACCCAAAUUCCAACUCAAAUUUGCCUUCUCGUUCACGCUAGAGCUAUUUUAUACUCGAAAUUAAGCUGUAUUGCAAUGUUGUUUCAUUUGCUAAUCCGUCGAAUUUGUCCUUGUUUAGGUUAAGCUUAUCGCUCUAUGUAUUUUAUACAUACAACUAAUUUAUUUAAUAAUUUAAUAAAUCAAUAUUACCCCUGCA